AUGGGAAAUCCUCCGUCACCACACAGCUGCUUCAGCGUAAUUCUGCUUUACAUGACCGUAACCUGCUCGGAAAUGAAUGAAAACCACUGCCUGUUAGGGAUGGCAGGAAGAAGCAAGGAAAUGAGGGCACCGCGUCACAACCAAGACCUUCCUAACAGAAUUGGUGCUGGAAAUCAAUUUGGCCGGGCCACAAGGUACAACAGCCGUAUUGAAUUGUCCACCAAGCUGCUUGAACCAACCAAGACCUUCCUAACCAAAUUAAUGCGUAACAAAGGAAGCUGCUUCUUAACUCUCUAG